AUGGUUUGGUAUCUAACAAAAUGGCCUGCAUCGAUUAACGUGGAAAAAGAUGAAGUGCUACUCACGGACUAUUUACAUCCUGGCUUUGUUGAGCUGUAUAACGAUGGCGAAGCAAGCUCCCUGCGAAUAUUUUAUUUGGAAAAUGGAGAACGACGUCUGGAAAGAGAAUGCACACAAAUAAGCGGCUUGGAACGAGCGGAAGAUUGCAGUAGCUUGGUAUUCCGAAUUUGCAAACUUAAAUCGGGCAUUGACUGCAAUGAGCAUGUAUUAAUAAAGCCUGAAAGAUCUAAAGAUUGUCACACGAUUUAUUACGCCUUUCGUUAUCUCCAACAGAAACGCACAGUGGUUCAGAAACGAACAUUGGUCAAGCAAUUGUCAACAUUCCAACAGAUAAGUGUAACACAUCAGACUUGUGUUGGCAGAAAUCUGAUAGAGUGGAACAAAAACGAGAAGAACAAUGACAAGGUCGUCCCACAACGUAUGAAAAACUGGAAUCAGAAAAGAAAACUAACCACAUCUACUGAUAUUUAUCUCCAUUCUUCCAGCAAAAGUUUUGCUCAUAAAUCUCAGAAGGAAGUCAGAAAUAUUUUGCUAAGUCCUCUUAUCAAGCAACACUCUGAAAACAGAAUAUUGGAAAUAAACGGAGUAAUUACAAAAAGCAAUAAUUCGAAGAAAGGAAUUGUCAGUUUGGAUGAUGCUUUUUUGUGCACUCGUAGAAGACAGUCUGCAUCUCAUCUCGCAACGAGUUCCGAGCGGUUAUCGGCAAGAACAGAUACAGUUUCACUGAAAGGAUUUCUGAAUUCUGAAAGAAACUCAUGUUAUGUGAAUGCUUUAUUACAAGGAUUGUUUCAUAUUGAGGCCUUUAAUGAUAUGUUAAGUAUCGUACCAGAAUCAUUACAAGGCACCUUUCUGAGCGCUUUAAAAGCACUUCGAAAAAAUUACCAGAAAUCACCCAGUGCAAAGCAGCGGUGUUUGCUGGAAAAUGUUUUUAAAUUUCUAGACGACGAGCAAUUUGAAAUGAGUGAACAGAAGGAUGUGAAAGAGUUUUUAACUAUUGUAUUGGAUAAAAUUGACUCUGAACUAAAAUCAUUUGCAAUCAGUACAGAUACCGAAUCAAUGAUAUCUCUUUCGUCAAUUUUUGGUUUCGAAUUGAAACAUGAAAUUAUUUGCAAUAAAUGUGGUGUCGAACAAAUGAUGUGUGAAAAGGGACUGUUUCUGCCAAUACAAAUCGUGAAUAAAGUCAACAGUGACUCACUUUCGCUACAAGUAUUGUUAGAAAAUUAUUUAAAAAGUGAAGUGGUUGAACAUAUCUGUCUUCAAUGCAGUGGAAAAUACGCUACCAUGAGUCAUGAAUUCCUUAAUUUUUCAAAGUGCUUGAUCAUCUUUCUGAAGCGUUAUGAUUUCAAGCAUUCAACAUCAAGAGCAAGACAAAGAAAAUUGAAAGAUGCAGUGAAGCUUUCAAUGUGCAUUCGUUUAAUUUCUUGUAAUAGAGAAUGUUAUGAGCCUAAAAGUUCUUUUAGCAGCCUCCUUCCUAUCAGCAAUAGUAUUAACAGUGAUGAAGUGUCUUUUGUUUUGGAAACACCUCCGAAUUAUGUAGCUUCGAGUGGUUCUAGUAAUUCAGAAAAUAUAAGAGAGGAUCUUAAACGAACCGUUAAAAAAAGUACACCAAAAAUUCAGGAAAUUAAAGAUUGCGAUGGUGAAAAGUUAGCGGGAAAAUUAAGAUUGUCCACAAAGUCCUCAGUAGUUGCAGAUGAUUCGAAUGCUGACGAGAGACUGGACUAUUUAACGUUAUUCUGUUUACCGCGACCUGAUUUUUGUGAACGCUGUUGUGCCGAAUUAAAUAUUCGCUACCGUUUUUCAGCAGUUCGGCGAGAGAAGAAACCUCUUUUCCAGAAAAGCGUACCUUCAAAGAUUGCACCUGUUGUAGCAGAUGGAAACUGUCUCUUUCGUUCCAUAGCGCUUUACUUAUCAGGAAGUGAUGAGGAGCACUUGAUCGUUAGGAAAAAUGUAGUGAAAUUUGAAGAGAAUUAUAACGAUCUACUUCGAGAAGUGAACCACCUUUCGCUGGCUAAAUGGAAGGAACAUAUCAAGAAAAUGACAAAUGAUGGCGAAUGGGCAACAGAAAUUGAACUUCUUGCCCUUGCCGCUUUAUUAAAUGUUGAAAUUUGGACAUUUUUUAACAGCAGAUGGCUUCGGUAUAGACCAUUAUAUACGGUCGGAAAGGAUGGCAAAUCUCACAAAUUGCCGAUUCGAAAGUAUAAUAGUAGCAGGAAGAAUGCGAUUUUCCUUAUUAAUGAAAAUUUUCAUUACAAACCAGUUCUUGACAUUAUCUCGAAUGGUGCGAUAUGUGAUUAUAACCUCGCUGCAGUUAUCAGUCAUAAGGGAAUUGGUUCAAGUAAAGGGCAUUAUGUAUGCGAUUUGAGAAACCUAAACAGCAAUACCUGGAUACAUUUUGAUGAUAGUGACGUUGAAGAAAGAACGGAAGCGGAAGUCAUUUCUGAAUGCAUCAGGGACGGCUAUAUAUUCUUUUAUGUUGCUGAAAACUGA